AUGCGUCUCUCAUCUUGCCUCCUCCCCUUCACGCUGGGGGCCCUUGCGCUCUGCGGUGUGGCCACCGCCGCCACUCCAGCCGAAGUCCAGCCUCGUGAAGUGGGAUUGGCUCACUCUCUUGAGCCGCGCAGCAUGGGUCUACUUCCCGAUAUUCAUUUCGACGUCGUCCAAAUCACGGCUGUAAGGAGGGUCAAUGCCAUCCUGAACAGAAUCGAAGAGGGCGCCAAAAUACUCGAGCAAACCCUCGACUUCUUCCUUACCACUGGUUCAGGCAAUUCGAUGAGCGCCGCUUUCCAAGCUCUCAGCGUGUUCCACAACGACCUUAGCACCAUUGCGACUCUUACUACCUACACCACAUCCGUAAUGGCCACAGAAGAUGACUUGUAUUCCAUCACCGACUCGAUGGACUCGAUCGUGGCAACCGUCACACGCAUCGUCGAAAAACUCAUCGGUGUUCAGCCGAUGUUCAAGGAGGCUGGCGCGGAUGAGAGCGUUGGCGAGCUCCUUAUAUCGAUCAUGAUGGCUGUCGACGCCGCUUCCUAUGGUCUUAUGGGUUGGUUUCCCCCGGACCACAACAUGUUCAUCGUCGCCUUUAGCGCGAAAUUCAUCUGCGAAGUGAAAAGAGUGACUAUGUCGUACUACAACGACUACCAGUACAGCGACUUCUGCGACACUGAGUUGAAGUUGUGGCCGUCGUCUGGGAAGCUCCGGGACUGCAAGGGCGGCGCCGUUUACCCUUUCGCAUUUCGGCCCGAUUCUUGCAAUUCUUGCACAAGGUUCCCCUUCUACCAGGCCGGUGGUUGGAAGCAGGACAAGGGCAGAUGGAUGUGGAACACCAACACGGGAUGCGGCUUCGACAACUGCAACAACGACUAUCUUUGCCGCCCAGCCACGCCGGAAUUCAAUUUGUGCUGGCCCAAGUUCACCGUCGGUUUCGCUAAGCCUCAAAGGGAUCAAUGCCUCACCUGCGUCUUCUGGAAGGAUAUUCCCAAGAUCAGCGACUUCCCACCCCCGCAAACUCCUUUCGCUUUCCCCGUCGUCAAGCCCCCUGUUGCCAACGGCUCUUCAAAGAGCAUCGGUGGCAUCAAUGGCAUCGGCAAAUUCAAAACCGCUGGCAAGGCCUCCGGUGCUAGUACGACAGCCGAAGGAUUCGCAAACGGAGGCAAAGUCGACGCUCAAUCGCACGCAACCUCGAAGGGAACGACCGACAUCUUCGGUGGAGCUCAUACGAAGGAGAACUCCGGUAGCUCCGGUGCAAGUAAGGGAACCGGUGCCUUCAAAUCUGGGUCAAACACGAAAGCUACCAACACCUUUACGCAAGGCGCGUCGCUGCUCAACGGGGACGUCAAAGCCGGUUCAAAUGCCGAAGCGCAGCAGAACGACUUCUUCGGCUUUGGCACUUCGAAAGAGAAGGGGGAGAGCAAGGGCAUCGGCUUUGGCCUCGGUGCUUUCCAAAGCGAGGCUCACACGAAGCACGUUGAUACAAAGGUAGAGGGUGCCUCGGGCAUCCAUGGCGCCGUCAAAACCGAUGCCAAAGGCCAGUUUUCGCAAGGCAAAGAGAAGAGCAAAGCCGUGGGAGUGGCUGCUAAUGGCGCCGGCUUCAAUACUGCAGCCCACACGGAUAACACCGACACCAAUGCGGAAGGCUGGGCAUCUCAAGGCUCGACCAGCACUGCAAAGUCCACCGCCAAUAGCAAUGGUGGCAGCCGUCGCAGCAUCCUCAAGCGUGCUUCCAAGAUGGUUCGCCACAUGCGCAGGGACAUUAUAUCCUCGAGCGGAGGGUCUCAGGGCAAUGGCCAGUACAAAUCAGGCGCUAAUGGCGCUAAUGGCAAUACGUGGGUAUCUGGAGGUUCCACGGGCAGCGGUAAAUCCUGGGCAAAGUCAGUUUCUUCGGGCGGCGGUGGCGGAGGCGGAGGCGGAGGCGACAAUUGCGCGACCUGCAACGGCGGCGGCGGCAUGGGCGGUGGGGGCCCCAGUGGCUUUGGCAAAGGUGACGACUACGGCAGCGGCUAUGGCGACGGCUAUGGCGAUCUCGGCGGCUCAGGUAAUAAAGGCCUUAGUGGCGGCGGUCUUGGCGAUUUCGGCCUUGGUAGCGGCGGCGGCCUUGGUGGCGGUUUCGGCAAGCCAGUCAGCUUGGGAGGCGGCUAUGGUGGCGGCAGCGGAGGUGGUCUCGGAGGUGGCCUUGGGGGCUCUGGUGACACCUACCUCCCUACCGGCGGCUACGGCGGCCACCACACUGAGGACGGGCCCGAGGAUGACGAAGUCGAGAAGUUUGACCCUACCCAGCAAGACGAUCAGUUUGACCCUACCCAGCAAGACGAUCCGUACGACACAACCAGCAAUGGGAACCCUUACGACGAUGACCCCGAUCAACAGUGCGAUACGUGCAAGGGCGGUUACAAACCUCCUUUCUUCUGCGACUGCAAGGGUCACGACGGCUCAAACACUUGCAAGGCCAAGACGACCGUCGGUGGUCAGGCAGGUGGCCCAGGUAGUGGAGGUGUUUUCGGAUCCGGUGGUGAUAGCUCAUUCUCGGCUACCGGUCAAGCUGGUUGCUGCCCUAAGUACAUGAAGAAGUCCGCCUGCAAGACGGUCAAGGCCCACGUCGAGGGGAAGACGAGCGGCAACGCCUUUGCAUCCGGCUCCGCCACCUCCAGCACUACUGACGACGACAUGCAGCAGUAUGGUUCUGUCUGCAUGAAUACUUGCCAAGCUUCAAGCCCAUUCGACGACCUCAAAAACGGCAGUGGCGGCGAUGGCAGUGGAUACGGCAGUGGCGGUGGGUACAACCAGUAUGACAAGAAACUCGGCUCCGGUGGUGGCUACGGCGGUGGCUACAACAAAGGCAACAGCUACCAAAACUUGCCAUCAUACUCGAGCUUGCUCCAGAACAAGAAAGAGAUCUCGUCAGGCGGCGACGACGACAUCUACCAUGACGACAACUAA